CGGAGUCCAGACUUGUUGCAUGUGCGAUGUUAUGCUUUCUUUGUUUCACCUGGUCAGAACACCCAUCGGUGUUCAGAGUCCGCCGUUUCGCUAACUUCAUCCUGUUUGCGUUUGUUUUUGAUUGCUUCCUGCACUUCGACGCGGCUACGUCGUUUGCAGACAAAAUGUCGACGUCGAGAGGCGAGGAUCAGCCUACGGGGACGUCGGGGAGGGAGUCCACGAACAAAAAGUCGUGGUCUAAUCAUGUGCACUCGAAAUGGUUCGUGGACUGGAGGUGCGCGAAGGCAGACGAGCCCACGACACCGCCUUGCGGUCCUGUCAUUUUCGUGGAGGAUAGAAAAGGGAGGAGAGUGCUUGGGUCAGUCAAGGGAUGGCAGGCAGGGAGAAACCACGACAAACAAUACUACAUUAUGCACAUGGUUUACAAUUCGAAGAGCGAUGUUGUCGGCGGUUCUAAAGGGGCUAUUCUAAAGUGGGAUCUGUUCCAAGGGUUCGGUGCGGGGGCUUUGAGAACCCCUUUCUACUAUGAGAUCGCGGAGGAAGGUCUUGUUUCGGCGAGGGAGUUUUUUGACAUGGUCGAGCAGAGCGACGUCGACCUCGAACAACCAUGUGAAAUUACUACCGACCUGCAGUUGUCGGUUCCAUUGCAGAUGUGCACCGGGUUUGAGUCCAGUGGCGCUCCAACCGAAGGCGGGGACUUAGGUUCAGGUAGUUCCGCGCAACGCCUACAGAGUGAGGAACGUGGUCGCUUUGACGACAGCGAGGAGGAUGAAGUGGAGGAGACGUCGAAGAGCAUGGGAGUCGUGCUCGCCGAAGGGAUGGUGCACAUUCUUUGGACCGACUCGAAGGACGUAACAUCUAUGGCUCCGUUCGGCGUCGAACCUCUCGAGGCGCAGAUGAAAGUCGUGGAGUUGGAAAGGGCGGUCGGAAUCAUCAAAUGCCACACAUGCGUUCUCGACUUGUGCGAGCCUGUGGACAUCAAGCAGUGGACACCCAAAGUCUUCGAGAGUUUGAAUGCCCUCCUGGAACAUUUGUUCUCCUCGCACUGGACGGUACUUGCGUUCGUCCCCCAUGAGCAUGACUACUACUUCAUGACCUGCCUGCACCUGUUGUCCGUCGCCAAAGCAAUGGCCGUGAAGUGGACGCGAAGAACGCAGCAGAAGGGCAACAACUUGUACUCGUUGGACGAUCGCAUGUACAUCCUUUUCAAAGGUGACGACUUGUGGGAGAAUACGUCUGUUGUCUAUGACACGAGGUUGGCGGCGGGUGAUGCUUCCGCCGUCGGGGCAAAUCACAAAGUGACUCCGACUGAGAUAUCCGAGAUGCCUUUUGACGCCUGUGAAUGGCCGCUCGUCAUACACGGGAGUGAUCCGUCGGCGAUCUACGAGUUCCUCUUCUUAGAGAGGCAGCCGAAGAGGGACACCGACAUUGAGUACAUGCGCCGCAAGGACCACAUGUUAGCGCUGCUAGACAACUACCACGACGCCUCUCGACUCAACGCCAAGAAUUUCCUGGAACACUUGCAAACGCUGUACUUUGUCGAAUCCGAGCACGUCCUGAGGCUCAGGAGUUACAGUGCCUUGAUCGACACCGGCGAGGAGACUGUCACCGGCAUCGUUUUCGACACCAAUGCGCCCGAGGAGGAUAGCGACACCGAAGAAAUUUCUAUUGACUACCACCUUGCUCCUAUGCUCACAUCCCCCGCCUCGACGUCGGCUGGUCCCUCGACAAGCCCUCCCGGACAAGCGACCCCUGUGCGCACAUCAACUCCGGGGAGGACCCCGAGUAAGCUGUUGGCGAGACUAACACCGCGGCCUUUUGCGCCCCCUCCUCUGCAUCCAGGGUGUCUAGUCCCCUUGGAACAUCCUUCGCGGAAGGAUGACAACAUUCACUUCGAAGGCCACGACCACACUCGUUCUACGGAGGCUGACUGGGGUCAUGACAUGAAUUGGCACCCGGGGACGAUCCAGCCCGCAGUUUGCAAGGGGGAGUGGGUCAUGGCCAUCGUCGAUACGGAUGGGGAAUGGAAGCCAACCAGGCGCCUGGCGAAGUCUGAUUACCUGGAUAUUGCGAGCAGCGCUGUGGUGUAUAAAGUUACAUCAGAGAAUAGCCACCUGCAGCCCGCCGACUCUUCCAUCAUCAUCACUGCUGGUCCUUUGUUUCAGGAGCUUCAAGACAAGCACUGGCUGGAACUCUCUGGCGAAUUCUACGAGUUCGAGACGAGCCCUUUGAAGGGAAAGCAAAGCGGUGGGGGGGAUCGUGUGGUGCAAGGCACACAGUCGCCGUCGACACACACCGAUAAGUCAGCGAAGUUCGUCGGCAUCCGGGCUUCACAAACAAACGAUCCAACGCCCGUGGACGCAGCGAGCUCGCCCGACAUCCGCAUUCUGUCCAGUCAAGAGCAGGCGGCCCUUGCUUCUGGAACGGCUUUCGCCUCCUCCCUUGACGUAGGGGGGGGCUUAUGCAGAGGGGAUCCUGUGUCCGCGUCAAAGGACAAGUCCACCGAUAUCCGCUGCAGGGCGGACAUCGUUCAAGCGAGUGGUCGAGACGUACGGAGCAGUACAAGAGCACAGGCAUCGGAAAUGGGCGCUGCCCUCGCUGCGCGGGAGACAACGGCGCCGACCGUCCGAGAUGGAAGUCAGUCGGGGGCACAAGAAGAGAGUGGGGGUUCAGAGCCGCCUGCGUUCCUUGCGACGAAGUCCGCCGGAAUCCGAACUUCGUCGGAGACAGCCGUGCGGUCGGCGGCACAAGAAGAGAGUGGGGGUUCAGAGCCGCUCGCGUUCCUAGCGACGAGGUCCGCCAGAAUCCGAACUUCGUCGGAGACAGCCGUGUGGUCGGAGGAUGACCGCUCCUUGGGAUCCGCUUUCAUGCCGGCGUAAGGAACUCAGUCGCAUGAUACUGGCGGGCGCGAAGAAUG